GGCUGAAGAAACCGGAAUCAACACCGCCGCUUCUACUUUGACCAUCCUCACCCGUAUGACUGUACUCCUCACGCUUGUGGCCAUCUCUCUUUGGGCAAACCAUGAAGCCUCCAUGAACAUCGACAUAUCCAUCGUCAAUUCUGCGGUUGGAUCUCGCGCAGGCCGCCGCUUCGACCUCAACUUCGUGUCCAACGGCAGAGCCAAUCGGAUCGUUCACCACGCGAGUCGAUUCGUCGAGCAAGCUCUUUACCCUGAGGACGCCUAUCCUCGAAAGCCGAUCAGCCACAUAACCCUGCACCUCGCCAGCAACGAUCUUGACUCGGUCACGUCGGUCAACCCGGGCGCCGGGUCCGGCGACUACACCAUCCAUCUGAGCCCGAGCCUCAUGUCAGAAGCCGACGGGGACGGCGCCUUGGCCUCGGAGGUGCACCGGGCGGUGGCCCGGCUCAUGCUGUGGGACGCUCAGCAGGCGGCCCCGUCGCAGCUACUGGAAGCCGUAGCUGACUACCUCGCCGUGGCGGCGGGCUUCCCUCCGAGCUCUAACAAGACGUGCAACGUUUCUUCAUACUGGUCUGCCGAAUUCCUACAGUACUGCGAGGUCCGGCGGAACGGGUUCAUCGCGAGGCUGAACCGAGGAAUGAGAGAGCGGUGGUCGGAGUCGACGGUGGACGACGCGUUGGGCUCGCCGGUCCGGCAGGUGUACACCGCGUUCCACGCGCCGGAGACAGGUUACGUCAUGGAAUCUCUCAACUCCACGUCGAGUUCGGCGGAGGUGAGGCAGGCCACGUGAGCUAAAGAGAGAAGGCUGCGAUGAGAGGGUUGGAGUCAUUCACGUUUCAUGGAAGGCCUUAGCUGGGAGCUUACCGGAGACAGAGCGUGCAAUCAUUGGCGCAAGUGGACAUUGUAAAUUGAUAUUAUUUGUAAUUACUUUCUAAAAAUAAAGAUAAUUGAAUGGAGAA